AUGGAGGCUGCGACUGCCAUUUCCUUGGCCGCAUCGACAGCAUCGGCGCUGAUUUCCGCCGCUUCAACGCCCAGCUUGACCAUCGGUGUGGACCCAUCCGCAUCACCUUCACAGACUCACAUGCUGUUCUAUCACGGCGCUACCCCACCCGGAUCGGGACACAAUCCAGACGAAGACAAUAAUGGAGAAUGCAAACUUCUUGGACCCUUCUCCCUUCUCGUCCAGGUAGCCCUCGGUGCGCUGGCGCUUCUAUCCUUGGUCUAUAAACGGUGGAGAGAACGACCGCAGCGUCCUCUGAAAGUGUGGGCCUUUGAUGUUUCCAAACAAGUUUUUGGCUCAGCGAUGCUACAUCUACUUAAUCUUCUGAUGUCUAUGUUCUCCGCUGGUCAGUUGGAGAUCCGGAAACAAUAUAGGCCCAACCCGUGCUCUUUCUACCUGUUGAAUCUGGGGAUUGACACAACCCUGGGCAUUCCGAUCCUCAUCUUGAUCCUUCGUGUUCUCAAUCGCGUUGCCAGCUACACACCUCUUGCAUCUCCCCCGGAAUCGAUCGAGUCUGGCAACUAUGGUCAUCCGCCGCGAGCCACAUGGUGGUUCAAACAGUCCAUCAUCUACUUUAUGGGCCUGCUGGGCAUGAAGGUAUGUGUCUUCUUCUUGAUCACGCUCCUCCCCUUUAUCGUCAAGGUCGGCGACUGGGCUUUGCGCUGGACAGAAGGGAACACUGCCAUCCAGAUCGCUUUCGUGAUGCUCUUAUUCCCAGUGAUCAUGAAUGCUAUCCAAUAUUAUAUCAUCGAUCAUUUCAUCAAAAAGCCUCUCUCCUACGAUCUUUACACCGCAGAUGGCACUAUUGAUGAUGGGGAUGACGAUGUUCACCGGCGAGAAGCUCUUCUAUCUGGCCUGGAUGAGGCCUACUCGUCUGACCCGGAUGAGGAAGUGCCUGGCAAAUCAUCCAUCACUGCUUCACAACCAAAGGCCACUGCGAAUGCACUGCAGGAAUCAGAAGGUCAACUCACAGAUAAUCAUUCUCCUGUGCCACCCUACGAAUCCCUAAGCUCUGGCAGCAGUCACAUCGAGCAAGAAAGGAAAUUGAACACUACUCCGGGAACGCAUACGUAG